AUGGCAAAAAAGCCAUAUAAUCCUAUUAUUGGUGAAAUGUUUCGUUGUUCCUGGAAUCUUAGUGAAAAUAGUGAUAAUGAAACUAUUGAAAAUGUAUAUAAAGUAACUUAUGUCUCUGAACAAGUUUCCCAUCAUCCUCCUAUCUCAGCAUUUUAUGUUGAAUGUCCAAAGAAGAAAAUUGCUUUGAGUGCGCAUUUGUGUAUAAAAUCAAACUUUUUAACAUCAUAUAUUGCAGUCAGUUUUGUUGGAGAAGUGACUCUUCAUUUAUUGACACUUGGUGAAACAUACAUUUUUACAUUACCCUGUGCCUAUCUGCGUUGCAUACUUACAGUGCCUUGGAUAGAACUUGGAGGUCGAGUAUCUAUUAGCUGUUCCUCUACUGGAUAUCUUGCAUCCGUUACGUUUCAAACUAAGCCACAGCAGUCAGGAACUCCACAUAAAGUUACUGGUGAAAUUAAACAUGUAGAUGAUCUUGUGUAUCGCAUAAGUGGAGAAUGGAACAACAUAUUGCAGUUCACUUCCUGUGAUGGUAAUACUGAAACAUUAAAUGUUCAAGAACUAAAAAGGUAUCGGAAACAUGUUCGACCGCUGGAUCAGCAGGAUAUGUUUGAAUCACGAAAUCUGUGGCAGCAUGUCACUAAAGCACUUCUUGAAGAAAAUUUUGAAAAAGCUGCUGCUGAAAAGCAAAAAUUGGAAGAACAACAGCGAGAAGAAGAAAAGAAACGUUUAGAAUCUGGUACUGAAUACUGUGGAAAGUUAUUUUUUAAGGAGAACACUAUUUGGAAAUACAAAAUGCAUUACUGAAAGUGGUGCUUGAAAAAUACUAAGAAUGCUUUAUGAUAGAGGAAAUAGAGCAGCAUGAUUCAAGUUUUAAACAUUCAUAUAUUCAUUCAAUUUAUAUCUGCCAUAUUCAUUGAUAAACUAUUUGUAAAGUAAUAAGCUAGAUUUAUCUAAAUAUAAAAUUAACUUCAAGAGUGCCGUUUGAUUAUAAAGUAGAAAAUUUUCUUUUUACAACAAACAACCAGUAAUAAUCUCUUAUAUGACAGAAUGUGAGUUAAACAAAUAAUUUUAAAAUUGUGAUAAAUAUUAGAGUUUUAAUCAUCUUUAUGUGCUUUUAGUAAUACUAAUCAUAUAUGCAACCAGCUGCUGCUAGGUUGUUUUGAAGUUUCAUUUCCUGUAUAUACUGUGAAAAGUAUUUUAUUCCCAGAGUAGUUAGUGCUGUAGAUUUAUAUAUACUAGUGCCAGAAAAUUAAUACUUUGGUACUAUCCAAAAUAGAGAACUGUAAUUUAAGGACACUUGCUCAAUAUGCAGCCAUUUUUUGUACAAUAAUGUAUACUUAAGUGUAUAAAAUGCACAAAAGUUAAAUCCAUUUGUAUAUCUGUCAAUGUUAAACCAAAAUUUUAAAUGUUGUUUUUAUAUACACCUUAUCCAUUUAAUUAGGUAGUGAUGUUUUUCUGUUGUUUUAUGCAAUGUACAGUUUUUUUCAUGAAGUCCUAUUUAUAUGUACAUUCGAUUGCAUUAUUUUUAAUACAUCUCUUAUAGUAUUUGCAUAAUGUUAGAGUACGAUGCAUCUGUCCACCAUUAAUUAUAAAAUUAUGUAUGUAAUAAAGGAAAUUAACUAGUUUUGUGUAAUAUGCUAAAUUUAAUUUUUUA